AAACGUCAUCAUAUAGAUCAGAGUUGGCAUCAUUUGAUUUUGGGGAAGUGCCGAGUUAACAUUUGCCAAAUGGCGACUGCCACGUCGUCUGUCACGUUGGUCAUGUUACUAUUGCUUUUCGUAUUUUCUGUAUGUGAUGGCGAUACUUACACAUUUGAUAAAGAUUUAGGAAUUGCAUUUGAAUUUAAAGUUCACGUGGAUGCAGGAAGAGAAGAAUGUUUCUAUCAAAUUAUUCACGCUGGAUUGACGCUAUUUGUUGCUUUCCAGGUAAUGCGAGGAGGAGAUGGGAUGGCUGGAUUUGCAAUUCGUAAUCCAAAUGGAUUACAUGUAUUUCCUUACCAAUGGAAGCCUAAUGCUGAAUAUGAAGAACAGAAAGUUGAAAUAUCUGGUUAUUAUCAACUUUGUAUAGAUAAUUCUCUAUCUCGAUUUGCAUCUAAACUUGUAAGUUUAUAUGUUAAUUCCUUCAAGCGUGAUGAAUGGGAGAGUUACAUCAAAGAAUUAGAAGAAAUGGAUGUCACUGUGGCCAACUUUACGGGCACAUUGAAGCAAGCCUACACUUAAUACCAUUGAUAGGUUAUUUGAAACUGAUGAAAUAUGAAUCUUAAAUGAAAUAAUGUAUGAUGAAACCAUUUUUAACGUAGGCUAAUUGAUAUAAUUCAACAAUUAAUGUUAUUCUAAUUGGAUUGUGUUUGCAACCUCUGGCAUUUAUUUUCCACUUCAUAGAAUCAGUUUCACUGCCUUUUAAGAAAAUUCAAUAAUGGUAAUUUAAAUGACUACAAUUGUACUUGUAUCUUUACACAAUGAUGCUGUAAUGAAACAAUAUUAAGUGAAGACUUGCUAUAAUUAGAAACAGAGAAGAUUGGGCUGAUCUUUUCUUGCGACUUCGGUCAGUUGUGGCUCCUGGUUUCGUGUGCUUUUUCGUAUGUUAUUCUCGGAAUACCAUUUUAGUUUACACAUCCGUGGAAAGAGCUCUUCAGCCCGGUUCGUAUGGUAUAUUAAUUAUAUAAUUUUCUUAAUUAGGGUGGGAGCUAAAGGAUUUUAAAUUUUGCAAUUUUCAGUAGGCUCUUGCGGGAGGGGGAUAAAUCGGAAGGGACGCGGAUUUGGGGGUUGUAUUUACUAUAUCAUUUUGU